CUAAGUUGCAAUCAUGUAUCGAGAAAUAACCUAAGAUUACUGAAUGAACAACGUCCAUCUUGCGAAGGUGUUUGUUAUUGUUUGUUUAUUAGUUAUUUGCAUUUUUGUGCAUUUAAAAGUUAUUAUUUGUUGCGAAUUGUGCUGUCGUGCUAACUUACUCAAUAUGAGUAAACGAGUAAAGGCCUGCUGUGUACUAGGAUGCACGAAUAAGCAAGCGAUAAGACAUUCCAUUCCUACGAAUGAAGACGUUUGCAGAAUUUGGUUGCAAAGAAUAAAUAACCCCAAGUUAAUAAUAGCAGAUACAGUAUUAUCAUCACAUAGAAUAUGUGGUAUUCAUUUUGAACCAAUUUGUAGAAACCCCAAUGGCAGGUUUAAAAACUUUCACUGCCAACUCUACAUUUACCUGGUAAGUACUUAUAUUUACUGUGACAAUAAACCUCUUAUGAAUCCUAGUGAAAAGUUAUGCAGAGGAAAAGAAUUGCUAUUUCCUCCAAUAGUCAAUGUCCCAAUUUAUAAACCAUUCAAUAGAAGCUCAAAAUAUACAGGAUUAGAUCUUGUCACUCCUUAUGUGGCAGGUUCAGUAGCGAAGAAAUUAUUUAAAAGUCUCAAAUGCCACUUGUGUAAAAAUAUAAUAUUGUCAUUGUAAUAUAUUCUAGGAAAUGUAAAAAAAAAUGUUUUAUGUGCGCCUUCAGCAAAAUUCUGUGAUAUUUUUAAAAGUUUUUUUGAUAAAAUUUUCGAAACAUUGCCCCAGUUAAUCAAUUCAUUAGGCAUAAAGAAACAAAUAUUUCGUUUGGAGGAUUUGACAGACGUUUCCUCAAUAUUUUGUUCAGAUUAUAAGGAUUAUGUAAAUAUGUUUGUAAAUAUUAGUUUUAACAUAUGCACCUUUCAUUACAUAGGUAUUAUUAAUAAAAUUUUGAAGGGCAAAAAUCAACAAUAUAAAGAUUACGAUGUUGUGAUGAAUAUGGCAUAUGUUAAAUAUAGGGAAAGCUGCAAGAAAGACAACGGUAAUCAUUAAUUAACCUUGGUUAUAAAAUCAGUUUUUUAUAUACCAUUGUAUGUACCAUGUACAAACAGAAACAUUUUUUAAACACGCCAACAUCUCACUGUUGACAGUCCUAAGCCUGCUAAAGUGUGGAGAAAAAUUUUUGUGUUUGUGGAUAUACUUAUAAAAUGUCAAAAACAAAAUUAAAAUUAUAAUAAUCA